UGCAAACUUUUUAAAACUUUUAAUCUUUAUCAAGAUCCCAUCUUUAAAUUGAUAUGAGCUCAUUUGCCAUUUCAAAUUCAACAAUUUAGCAUGGCAAGAGUCUUUUCCUUCAUCAAUGGUUCCACAAGCCUUUCUACUCAACUUAGUUGUUCAUCGUCAUCAUCAUGUUACAGACCAAUGGUAGUUAGAAUGUGCCAAAAUCAAUCUUAUUGGGCUUCAAUUGAAUCUGACAUAGAAGCCCAUCUUAAGAAGGCCAUCACAAUUAGGCCUCCUGAAUCUGUCUUUGAGCCAAUGCAUUACUUAACCUUUGCAACACCCAAAUCCACAGCACCAGCCUUGUGCAUUGCAGCCUGUGAGCUGGUUGGUGGUGACAGAGCCCAAGCCAUGGCUGCAGCAUCAGCAAUACAUCUCAUGCACGUGGUAACUUACACCCACCAACACAUGCAGUCAACGCUGAAGGAGUCAGGGCCUGGGCCCGAAUCCAUACUCGGGGCCCGGUCCGCUAUUGGACACAAAAAGAUUGAUGUUGAAUUGCAAGAUGAAGAUGUGAGCCCGGCCCGUAAAAACUCGAACGAGAUCUUGAGGUCUACUGGGCCCGAACUAGAGCCCGCCAAGGGACACAAGUUCGGCCCGAAUAUUGAGCUCCUCACGGGAGAUGGGAUCAUGCCCUUUGCCAUUGAGUUGCUAGCUAAAGACAUGAGCCCGGCCCGGAAUAACUCGGACAAGAUCUUGAGGGUCAUUACUGAGGUGACACGUGCCAUCGGGUCACAAGGGAUGCUAGAAGGUCAGUAUCGGGAGAUAGAAUGGGCUCGAUCAGGCAAUGGAAACGAGAAACUGUUGGAAUACGCGUGCAAGAAGAAAGAAGGGGAGAUUCAUGCAUGUGGAGCUGUUUGUGGUGCAAUUUUAGGGGAUGGAAGUGAGGAAGAAGUAGAAAGCUUGAGGAAAUAUGGGCUUUAUGUUGGAAUAAUACAAGGAAUAAUAAAUGGAGUAGGAAGAAAUUACAACAAAACAAUGGAGAAAAGGGUGGAUGAACUGAGAGUGUUGGCCAUGAAGGAACUGAAUACGAGUUUCAAAGGGAAGAAAUUAGUGAGGCCAAUUGCUAGACUUGUUGAAGAGUUUUUCGUGCCUCUCAAAAUGUGAUCUUGUUUAGAUUUUAAUUGAACUACAUAUUUAAUUUA